CAACUGUUAUCUUUCUGGUCCAAUCCACUAUGCGUUCCAUAUUUGUAUGCUGAAGAGAUAAAAGUACGUUGCAUAAGUGACUUGCUCAAUAGGCGAAGGCACAAUAGACGCUUCCUAUGUAACUCCUCAUCUGUUCCAUCUUCGAUCUCAUUAUCAAUAAUUAAUUCAAACAAUUGUUUCUCAACAGAACGAUGCAUGCUUCGACCUGAUCAUGGUCUUUGCAAAGCGUAUUUGACACGAUACGCGUACAAUUGUGCAACAGAUGAAUGCGAAGAAUUCAUCUACGGUGGAUGCGGGGGCAACCGAAACAAUUUUCGAACCAGGAAUUGCUCGUCCGGCUGCCCCACCGGAUUCGUCGAUGUUCAAACACCGAUAUCCUAUCUUUAUCCUGUUUUCUUAAUGACCAGGUUUCUGCUCCGUAUAGUAGAAUGGCUGAACUGCCGCAGCAUGCACUCGACCCUUCACAGACAGUCGGAUGUGACGACGGCGUCACAAACCUCAAGGAUAACCUUGAGGUUUGUGAAAUUAUUCCACCUAGUAAUGAACGUAAUAGUCCACUUCCUCCAAACGUAUUUCUAUUUAGGUCAGUGUCUACUGCCGCGUGAUCCGGGAAUGUGUUUGGCAGUCAUUCGACGAUGGGCGUUCAAUCGGGCCAAACAAGAAUGUGAGGAGUUUAUCUACGGCGGAUGUGGUGGAAAUCGGAACAAUUUCGGAUCCCAAUUCGAAUGCCAGUACACGUGUAUGCUUGUGUCCGUUGUCUUGUGUGUAUGGGGACUAAUUGAAGGAGCCUCAAUUCACUUGGUUUCUAGCUGUAUGAGUUUGAUAGAUAGCACGGGUACACAAUGCAUUGAACAAUUCGUUCACGAAGAAGAGACACCAGAGGAGACUUAG